AUGCCCCCGCCCUCGCUGCUGAAAGGCGGCGGCUUGUCCAGCCCGGCCCUGUUGGGUCUGUUGGUGGCGACUGCAGCCGCCAUGCUGUUCGCCGCCAAGCCUUCGAGGGGGAAGCCGCUCCCCGCCAACGUGACGCCCGUGCCCUUCCUCCCAUCCACCCCAUUGCUCGGCAACACGCUGGAGUUGGCUGCCAACGCGGCGCGACUGCAGGACUGGGUCGCCGACCGCAGCCGGGAGUGCGACGGCCAGCCCUUCGUGGUGCAGCUGCUGGGCAAGCGCAACCUCGUCUACCUGUCCCGACCCGAGCACUUCGAGCAGGUGCUCAAGCUGCAGUCGAGCAACUUCAACAAGGGGCUCGCCAUCCACGACAUCUACUCCGACUUCAUGGGGGAGAGCAUCCUGCUGGUCAACGGGGACCGCUGGAAGUACCACCGCCGAGUGCUCGUGAACCUCUUCAGCGCUCGAGCCCUGCGAGACUUUAUGACGCCAAUCAUCCAGAAGAACAUCCUCGUGCUGAUGGACAUUCUAGCGCGAGCGAGGGAGCGCAACGAGGCCCUCGACAUCCACAAGCUCAUGAACAAGUUCACGUUCGAGACGUUCGCGAAGAUCGGCUUCGGCCAGAAGCUCGGGAACCUCGUGUCUCCGGAAGACCACCCAUUCGAGCGCGCGUUCGACGAAGCCCACCAUAUUACUGGGCACCGGAUGACUACGCCCACGUGGCUGUGGAAGCUGAAGCGGUGGCUCAAUGUCGGGAGCGAGCGGAAGCUGCGCGAGUGCGUGGAGGUGAUGGACUCCCUCGUGAUGGGGAUCAUCUCGGACGCGAUCGCCAAACGCCAGCAACGCGGACAGGAAGAAGAAGCAGGAGAGCACGACCAUGAGAAAGACAUUCCUAGCGAGGUCCGCAGCAUUGCGCUGCUGUCGCUGAUUGCUGGUCGGGACACGACCGCGAACGCUGUGAGCUGGAUCCUUCACAUGCUGCACGAACACCCGCGCGUCGAAGAGAAGCUGCGCGCCGAGCUAUAUGAGAAGCUGCCGAAGCUGGCAACAUCUCGAGACUACAUGCCGUCGCUGGAGGAGCUGCAGGACCUCCCAUACCUGGAGGCUGUGAUCAAUGAGAACCUCCGCCUGCUCCCCAUCUUCCCCUAUACGAGCCGCCAAUGUAUUCGAGACACGGUGUUCCCUGACGGCACCUUCAUCCAAGCUGGAGAGGUGCUAGGUUUGCCGCACUACGUGAUGGCUCGACUGACGAGCGUUUGGGGCGAAAAUGCUGCCGAGUUCGUCCCUGAACGAUUCUUGGACGCCAAGAGCGGCGAGGUGCUCGAUCUCCCGGUUGCUACUUCCAGUGCGUUUGGGGCUGGGCCACGAAUCUGUGUCGGUCGCCGCCUGGCAAGCAUGGAGAUGAAGCUCCUCCUCGCGUGCAUUGUCGGUCGUUAUCAUUUGGUGGAGUUGCCUGGACAAACUGUUCGCUAUAAGCUGGCGCUGUCUCUGACUAUGAAGGACCCAUUGAUGGUGAAUGUGCAGCAUGUCAACCAGGCGUUAGCCAAGUCUGCUUAG